AUGGCAUCGUUUGCAGAAGACGAAGACUUUGGCCUUUCCUCUUCAGACGAGGCGGACUUGCUCCUGAUCGACGAGAACACCAACCCACUCAAGCGGAAAGCUGCAUCCAAGACCAGUCUUGCACCAGUGAAAAAACAAUCCACUCGACCAGCAUCAGAAGCUGCAAUUACCAUCGCCAACAAAAUACUCAGAGAACGAUUCGGCAUUCCAAGCUUUCGAUUGAAGCAAGAAGCUGCCAUCACACGCGUACUGGAUGGCAAUUCUAGUGUAGUCGUCUUUCCUACUGGUGGUGGCAAAUCGCUGUGCUAUCAAGUCCCGGCACUAUGCUUCAAAGAAUUGGAUCGAAUGUCUGGGGUACGACAAGGCCAUGCAGAAAGCGGAAUCACUCUUGUCGUCUCGCCCUUGCUGGCCUUGAUGAAGGACCAGGUCGAUGCCUUAAAACGCAAGGGUAUCAAUGCGGCAUCUCUGGAUUCGACCAAGUCGAAGCAGGAGUACUUUGAAGUUGUCGAUGCCAUGCGAAAUGGAACGCUCGACAUUCUGUACUGUGCCCCGGAACGCCUCAAUAACGAAGGAUUCGUUGCUUCCAUGGCGAAUGUGAAAGGUGGCGUACGACUUCUCGCUGUGGACGAAGCUCACUGUAUCUCCGAAUGGGGACAUGCGUUUCGACCUGAUUACCUCAAGGUAGCUCGAUUCUACAGAGAGAUUAGAGCUGAGAGGGUUCUUUGCCUGACUGCUACGGCUACUCCUCAAGUCGCCCAAGACGUAUGCAACGCAUUUGACAUCUCAAAUGAUGGACUCUUCCGAACAUCGACAUACCGACCUAAUCUGAAACUACGCGCAGAAUCAUACCAAAUCAAAAAGGACUCCUAUCCGAAGCUCAUCAGAUUCCUCAAAGGACAUCCUGGUCCCACUAUCAUCUACGUGACGCUGCAGAAACAUACUGAGGAGCUGGCUGACCGCCUCCGCAAAGCUGAUUUCAAUGUGCGCCAUUUCCACGCCGGCAUGAAGCCAGAGGAAAAGUUCAAAGUGCAAGAUGACUUCAUGAAAUCUAAGGAUAUGAUCAUCUGUGCGACGAUUGCUUUCGGUAUGGGCAUCGACAAGUCUGAUAUUCGCAAUGUCGUCCAUUACGACAUACCCAGAAGCCUCGAGGGCUACAGCCAGGAAAUCGGCAGAGCUGGUCGAGAUGGCCUCGAGAGUCAUUGCAUGCUGUACCUUUGCGCCGAGGAUCUCCACUUGCGUGAAAGUUUUGCAAGAGGCGAUUUGCCCUCCAAGCGCUCGGUACAGAGCUUGAUGAAGGAGGUUUUCGCCCUCAAAGCGUCUAAUGAUCCACUACCGGUGGUGGAGGCAAGUCUCUAUGCGCAGGCCAAGGAACACGACAUCAAGAUGACCACUCUGGGGAGCAUCUAUGCUCAGCUGGAAUUGCGAUUCAAUCUGCUUCGAGCUACGACGCCGAAAUAUACACAGUACAAGUACCUGGUCCUGGCCUUCACCGAUGGCGAUAGAACGCCUGCAGCAAAUGCUCUUCGAAAGGAAGCAGUCAAGACCGCCAAGGCGAAAUUCACUUAUGUCGAUGUAGAAGCCGCUGCUCGUAAUAGUGGCUUACCUCGUGUCGACCUCGUCUCCAAACUCAACGAGUGGCACGAUCGCGGCCUCAUCGACUUGCAGACCAGUCAGGUCGUCAAUGUCUUCCGAGUGAUGCAAGGUACCUGGCCACCACCACCAGGAGAGAGACAACGCAUCAUCGACUCUCUGCAUCAUGAGCUAGAGCUUCGAGAACAACAAGAGCUGGCACGGAUGAAACAAGUCAUGGACCUUAUCACAGGUGAGAGCUGUUUCGCGCGCACUCUUGCCGCCCAUUUUGGAGACAAGCUGCCUUAUGGGAAAUCGGAGUGCGGCCACUGCACCUGGUGUCAGAAUCACAUCGCCAUUCAUGCCGUGAAGCCGCCACAACGCGAAUGGAACUCCCAGGCCUUCUUCAAGAUUCUGGAAGCCUGCCCUGAUAGAGAUGAUCCGCGCUACCUCGCACGCAUAGCUUUUGGCAUCGGCAGCCCUCGAAUCACAGCGGCGAAAUUAUCGCAUAGUCCUGUCUUUGGAUCAAUGGAAGAUCACGACUUUAUGGUAAGUCAUUGA